UCGAUCUCCAGGCUGAACCCUGAGGGGCUGGGGGCGGAGCGUCUGGGCUGCAGGACUAGGACUGGGAGGCUUUCAGGCCAGCGGUUGCUUGAAAAGCGCUGCUGCGGCGCUAGGCCGGGGGCAGGCAAUGGCAGGGGUCGUGUGAUCACGGACAGUGAGAGGGCCAUUGCUAUCAUGCCCGGGCGCGCGGGCGCCGCUCGGUUCUGCUUGCUGACCGCAGCCCUCCAGCUACACUGGCCGCUGGGAUGGACAAAUGGAAGCAAAGAAGGCGGGCCUCAGCCACAGCAUGAACUUAUAAUACCUCAGUGGCGGACUUCAGAAAACCCCAGGAGAGGAAAGCAUCCACUCACAGCGGAGCUCAGGGUCACGGCUGAAGGGCAAGAACUGAUCCUGGACCUGGAGAAGAACGAACACCUUUUUGCUCCAGCCUACACAGAAACCUGCUACACUGCAAAUGGCAACCCUCAAACCACCACCUUGAAGUCCGAGGAUCACUGCUUUUACCAUGGGACUGUGAGGGAAGCAGAAGAAUCCAGCGUCACGCUCAGCACCUGCCGGGGAAUUAGAGGACUGGUUAUAGUGAGAAGUAACCUCAGCUACAUCAUCGAGCCUGUCCCUGGCAAUGACAGCCAGCACCGUAUUUACAGAUCUGAACAUCUCAAGCUGCCCCCGGGGAACUGUGGGUUCCAGCACUCCGAGCCCACCUCCAAGGACUGGGCCCUUCAGUUUACACAGCAGACCAAAAAGCAACCUCGCAGAAUGAAACGGGAAGACUUACAGUCCAUGAAGUACGUGGAACUGUACCUGGUGGCUGAUUACUCAGAGUUUCAGAAGAAUCGGCGUGACCAGGAUGCCACCAAACACAAGCUCAUGGAGAUCGCCAACUAUGUUGAUAAGUUUUACCGAUCCCUGAACAUCCGGAUUGCUCUCGUGGGCUUGGAGGUGUGGACGCACGGGGAUAAGUGUGAAGUUUCCGAGAACCCGUACUCUACCCUCUGGUCCUUUCUUAGCUGGAGGCGCAAGCUGCUUGCCCAGAAGAGCCACGACAAUGCGCAGCUCAUCACGGGCAGGUCCUUUCAAGGUACUACCAUUGGCCUGGCCCCACUCAUGGCCAUGUGCUCCGUGUACCAGUCUGGAGGUGUCAGCAUGGACCACUCGGAGAAUGCCAUUGGCGUGGCUUCCACGGUGGCCCAUGAGAUUGGCCACAACUUUGGCAUGAGCCAUGAUUCUGCACAUUGCUGUUCUGCCAGCGCAGCCGAUGGCGGGUGCAUCAUGGCAGCUGCCACUGGGCACCCUUUCCCCAAAGUCUUCAGCUGGUGCAACAGGAGGGAGCUGGACAGGUACCUGCAGUCAGGCGGCGGGAUGUGUCUCUCGAACAUGCCAGACACUAGGACGCUGUACGGAGGCCGGCGGUGUGGCAACGGGUACCUGGAGGACGGCGAGGAGUGCGACUGUGGGGAGGAGGAGGAAUGUAAAAACCCUUGCUGCAAUGCCUCCAACUGCACUCUGAAGGAAGGGGCCGAGUGUGCCCACGGGUCCUGCUGUCACCAGUGUAAGCUGGUGGCUCCCGGAACCCCGUGUCGCGAGCAGGUGCGGCAGUGUGACCUCCCCGAGUUCUGCACUGGCAAGUCUCCCCACUGCCCCACCAACUUCUACCAGAUGGACGGCACCCCCUGCGAGGGCGGCCAGGCCUACUGCUACAAUGGCAUGUGCCUGACUUACCAGGAGCAGUGCCAGCAGCUUUGGGGACCUGGAGCCCGGCCUGCCCUCGAUCUCUGCUUUGAGCGGGUGAAUGCAGCUGGAGACACUUAUGGAAACUGUGGCAAGGGCUUGAAUGGCAAAUACAGGAAGUGCAGCCCCAGGGAUGCCAAGUGCGGGAAGAUCCAGUGUCAGAGCACCCAGGCCCGGCCCCUGGAAUCCAAUGCCGUAUCCAUUGACACCACCAUCACCUUGAAUGGGAGACGGAUCCACUGUCGGGGCACCCAUGUCUACCGGGGUCCUGAGGAGGAGGAAGGGGAAGGUGACAUGCUGGACCCAGGCCUGGUGAUGACUGGGACCAAGUGUGGUCACAACCACAUUUGCUUUGAAGGACAGUGCAGGAACACCUCCUUCUUUGAGACCGAAGGCUGCGGGAAAAAGUGCAAUGGUCACGGGGUCUGCAACAACAACAAGAAUUGUCACUGCUUCGCUGGCUGGGCUCCACCGUUCUGUAACACCCCAGGAGAUGGCGGUAGCAUUGACAGUGGUCCUUUGCCCCCCAAGAGUGUGGGCCCCGUGAUAGCCGGGGUGUUUUCGGCCUUCUUCGUGCUGGCUGUCCUCGUGUUGCUGUGCCACUGCUAUAGACAGAGCCACAGACUGGGCAAGCCCUCGGCCCUCCCCUUCAAGCUACGGCAGCAGUUCAGUUGUCCCUUCAGGGUGUCUCAGAGUGGUGGAACUGGCCAUGCCAACCCAACUUUCAAGUUGCAGACGCCCCAGGGCAAGCGAAAGGUGGCCAACACCCCUGAAACUCUCCGAAAGCCCUCCCAUCCUCCUCCCCGGCCCCCUCCAGACUACUUGAGUGUUGAACCCUCACCUGUACCAUUGCCAGUACACCUGAACCAGGCUGCCAGGAGUUCCCCGGAAACUAGGGCUCUGGUAGAAAGAAAGGAGUCCACCAGGAGGCCUCCCCCAAGCCGGCCCAUGCCCCCUGCACCUAACUGCCUCCUGUCCCAGGACUUCUCUAGGCCUCGGCCGCCCCAGAAGGCACUUCCAGCAAACCCUGUGCCAGGCCACAGGACGGUUCCCAGGCCAGGAGGUGGCUCCCUGCUGCAGCCACCGACUGCUGGUCCUCAGCCUCCCCGGCCUCCCACAAUAUCUGUUCCAAAGCUUCCUGAGUACAGAUCACAGAGGGCUGGAGGAACAACUAGCUCCAAGAUCUAGAACUGUAUAAGAAGUUUCUUGUUUCCCUUGAAGACUCUGGAUGCCAUGGAAGAUCCAGAAGAAAGAAGUCUGCUUGGCCACCUUGAAGCUUCUCCAGCCUUCUGGAGCCCCCCUCAUCUCCAGAAUCUCCCUUCUCGCCCCAGUGCCUCCUGUUUCCUCUGAGGCCCAGAGGGACUUCUAUCUGAUGGCUUCUAAGUAUUGUCCUGUGCAAUAUACAGCCCUGGCGGGAAAGGGAGGCUGAUGGAAGAAGAUGGGGAAGAUUCUCCCUCAGCCCCCUAGCCAAGAGCUACCAAUGACGGUCAGGGAGGGUCUCAAGCUGGAGAUCCCUCCUUCUGUGCCCAGCUUGGAGAAGGAAUCUACGCAGGUCCCAUGCUGGCAAGUACACAGGAGAACUGUUGAUUGGCCUUCCUCUGGGAUCCAGGUUACAGAGAGGCUGGGCCUUGCCUGUCUCUUAGCUUUCAGGGACUGAGGAAGCCGCUGCUGCAUCCCUGCCCCAGGGCUUGGUCAAGGUGCCUGUUCCUGGUCAAAUGACUGCAUGCGUCAAGCCAUGCUCCCCCGCCGCUCCUCACGUUCCCGUUCCCAUAUUUACACGGGUCACUCUCUGACUCAGACAGGUACUAUUUGUAGGCAGCGUCGACAGCAGUGGGGAGUGGUCAGCCUGUGUCCCCUCUGAGCCGUGAUGCCAAAGGUUGUUAGGACUCUCAGAAUUCCCAGUUGCCCGUCCCCAUUGUUUCGCGCGCCCCCUCCUCCUCCAACCUCCCUAUCCUAUGGUGCUUUGAUGGUGAAACCAUAGCAUCCCUGACUUGCUGGUGACCAUAUGCCGAUGACGGACAAAUCAGGAUCCUGCCUCACGGGGUAGGCACUGGACUUUCCUGCACUGGAUCUCACGAGCAUUGAGUUGAGUGAGGCUUGGGUGAAGGAGAAAGAAAGAGGAGCAGAGAGAGAGAACAUGCCAGCUCUGCAUGUAAUUGUGGGUUUGGGCCUCAAGCAGGAAAAGGGUCCUCCCCCUUUUUCUGACCUAUAUCCUAGGUGAUAUUUUUUGAGGUAGUCACAGGUAUACUGAGGGGACAGGCAUGUUUGAAACCCCAGUUGUGAGGAAAGUAUACACAGGGGCACCCGCCCCUCCCUCGUGGUCAGCUCUGAGGUGGGGCUGUUGAUUCUAAAGAGAUAGCUGAUCUCUUUGGAAGCUGCCAGCAGCCACAGUAAACCAGAUCUGGGCAGGGGGCCCCUAACCCUCCUCAGCCAGGGUCUUAUCACACACUUCCAUUGGUUCUCUCCUAAUUACUGCCUAUAUGUGAUCCUCAUGAAAAGAGCUCAGGAGGGCGUCUUGGUGCUCUGCUUGUUAGGGCAGUCCCUCCAUAGUUGCUGGGCUUGGCCUCUGAGAGGCCAUCUUCCAUCAUCCAAAAGGUGCUGGGAUAGCACUCCAGAAGGUCCUCUAGGGGCCUUCCCACCACCACAGCGAGCAGUCGCUAGCUCUUAGAAGCCUCCCUGAGGAGGAGACAAGCUUCUGACUCCCAUUUAUAGAAAACUUCCUGAUAGCUCUUCACAGAGGAAACUCUCAACUCGAGCGCUAGGGAUUGGAGGCAGGUGGGAGAUGUGGGGUGCAUGACUGAGGGUAGAAAGAUCUCAGGAAAACACCUUUCUCCUCAGGGUGACCAUGCGGUUCCCACUCUGACUCCCUGAGCCGUGAUGCAGAAGGUGGCACGGACCUAGGUCCAUUUCCUGCCUUCUGACAGCUUUCCUUACACGUGCUACGUCCAAUGCCCAGUGACUACAGCUUGGGUCCUAAAAUCACCCUGCCGCUCACCACCAAGUUAGAAACACCAUUCCCCUUAAACCCGACCCCGUACCUUCUAGACGUUCUUGUGGGCUGCGUGGCCUUUCUCCCUCAGCUCAGGAGGCAGAUGGCCCUGAGGGACAGCGCCACAGUGCCAGCAUGAGCCUUCCGAACCUCAAGCCUUCGGUCCUUUGAGCCGUACCAGAAAAAGACCCAUUUCCUUGCUCUUCGAUAAUCGUUUCCUUUUUCCCUUUGCCGUUUUCAUUGCUUUGAUGCCACCUCCAUUCCAUAAAAUUAUACUGUGAACAGGAAGAUGGCAGAAACUUUUUUAAUUUGGUAGAGGUGCUGGCAGCUACUCUGUUUACAACUCCAUGCCCGCCUCUGUUAUCCAAAGGUUAGGAAGGCUGCCACAGGUAGGGGCCCCUUCCUUUCCUUCUGCACCAUGAAGUGUCCCAUACAGAUACAUCUAGACUUCAGUGUCUGUCCCAAAGGGUUGUUUGCCACUUAGGAGAGGAAAGAGACUAUUACCACAGAGAGAGGAGUGGAUGAUUGCGAGAGAACACUUUGGUCAACCUACCCCAAGUCUGAGCAUCCAAGGCUGAAAAAACAUUUUCUUGUGCAUAGAAAGUAAAAUUUAGGCCGAGCGGUGGCGGUGCACGCCUUUAAUCCCAGCACUUGGGAGGCAGAGGCAGGCGGAUCUCUGUGAGUUUGAGGCCAAUCUGGUCUAUAAGAGCUAGUUCUAGGACAGGCUCCAAAACCACAGAGAAACCCUGUCUCAAAAAAAAAAGUGAAAUUUAAAAGUGUUUGAAAUGUAUGCCCUGGCAAUGCUGAGGCAUGCGUGGGCAGCCCGUAUGUGGAGUUUCUUUUGAACUGUUCAUAUUUCAUGGUCUAAGUUGAUGAGGAUGACUGACCAGGUCUCUUCUGCCAUAGAAAUAGCUGUUCCGUGUCCAGCCGCUAUAGAGAUGUUAGCGGACACUGAGGUAGGCCAAAGCCAAGGCUCUGAUGGGCCGCGGGAAGUUCAGUUUGUAGCUGGGUGUGAUGGCACAUGCCUUUAGUGCCAACAGAGGCAGGCAGAUCUCUGAGUUCGAGGUCAGACUGGUCUACACAGUGAGUUUCAGGACAGCCAGGGCUACACAGAGAAACCCUGCCUCCAAAACCAAAAUUGUAUAUAUAUGAGACAGGAUCUCACAUAUCCCAGGUUGGCCUUCAACUCACUGAAAAGCCAAGGACGACCUUGGAAUUCCCGAGUGCUAAGGCUACAGGUGUGUGCCACACUUGGUUUCGUAGUCCUGGGUUCAAACCCAGAUCUUCCAGUACCUUAGGCGAACACUCUACCGACUGAGAUCCAACCCCAGCCCAGCCUGUAAAUGUCCCGAGAAGCUAAAUUAGCUGUCUGCCAACUGUAGAGCCCUAAAGCCAUUUCUGACCGGUAAACUUCCUUCUUGCUUUCUGUUCCUUUAGCCUUGGUGACUUCCACCUGUAAGAGGAAACCCCCUUUGUGACCCCUCCCCCAAGACAUGUUGAUUUUAAGGUCUGAAGUCCUCUGCCAUGCAACCGUCCCCGUCACUCCGCAGUAAGCCUUUGCCACAGUGUCUCCCCUGGGUUCGGGUAAUUUGCCUAUUUGAUAAAGCUGGCAUGAGACUCGUAUUCUUAAAAUCGGAGGCACGUGCUAAAGCUGGUCGUUUUGUCAAAUGCUUGUAGUGACAGCCCCCAAAGGACUCCACACACAGGUCAGGGAACACCAACUGGAAAGGUGCCCCUUCCCUAGGGACGCCUACUAGAGGUUCUAUAGACUUCAAGCCCAAUACCCGAAUCAUGCUCCCAGGUCCUCUUGUACGACUGUGUGUACGCCUGCAUCUGGGAUACAGGGCAAAUGUGAAUUUUCUUUUUAUUUGGGAGAUUGUUCACAGGAAGUAGUCCUCUCCUCUCUUGUCCUCCUAUUGAUUGUUUACAAUAUUUGUACAUCUAUGCAAAAUACUUGAAUGGGCCAUGGUGCCUUGUUUUGUUAUUUUUUGUUUUUGUUUUAUUUUUUCUCCUUGUUUGUAUUUAAUUAAAACAAAUUGUCAUUGGGAAA